CUUAGCCAUCAAUCAAUUAGGUGCAACAUCUAUCUACUCAAAGUUCAUCCAACGGCCACGCUUCUCCAAUCACAUAAAUCUUCAACGGUUUUUAAUUGUAGCAUUAUCAGGACCUCGGCAGAAUACAAGUGAAGUAGACGCGAAGAAAUGGAUCACCAAUAUCAUUUGGUUAUACAAACUUAAGCCUCAUACAACUCUUGCCCACCUUCAUUCAAAUUCCUUCAUGUGAUCCUUUGGAGUUAAAGAACAAGAGCUGUUUUGAUCUGCCGAUGGAGUCCCAAGGUAACGGUGGUGUGAGGAGAGCAGAGAUUGACACAAGUGCUCCAUUUCGGUCUGUCAAAGAGGCUGUCUUGCUGUUUGGAGAGAAGGUCUUGGCCGGAGAAGUAUAUGCCAACAAGCUCAAUGAGAUAAGAGCUACAACAUGUUCAAAAGAGAAUGGGAGCUCUAGAUUUGGUUCAGUAGUGGCAGAGCUUGAAGAAACAAAACAGAGCUUGGAGAUCGCAAAAGAACAACACCAAAUGAUGGAAAGUUCAAUCACAUCUCUCAGAGUAGAACUAGAGAAAACAAAGCUUGAGUUGAAUCAACUGAAAUCAAAGGAGUCAGAGAAACAAGUGAUACAUUCUUCCGAGAUUGACGAUGUUAUUAAGUUUGAAGAGGAGUCCAGAGAGUUCUUGCUGGACAGUCCACAGACUAGUGAUGGAAAUGAGUUCCAGAAGAGGAGGUAUGUUAAGUUUGCAGAGCCACCAUCAUUGGCUAAAGUCUUGAACAUCAAUAAGAGUGUGUUGGAGAGGCAGUUCUCUCAUGUUGACAGGGAGAUACCAAGAAAGAAGAACAAGAAGAAGCCAUUGAUGAGUUUAAUCAGAGUUUUCUCCAAGAAAAAAGGGUCUCCAUGAAAAUCGAUUCAUAGUUUUCUUGAAGAUAAAGUGACAUGGUACAUAUAUAUACAUACAUACAAGCGUCAUACACACACACACACACACAUGCCAUAAAUUACUUACUUUCCCAUUUUUACAUACAUAUGUAAUUAUGUAAAUGAUUAUCAAAUACCAAUUAUCUUACCAAUUGCUGCAUGGAAGGAAUAGCUUUGUUCAUAUAAAACCAAGUCCUCGCUGAGUAUUCUGAAGAAACAAACAAGCUUUUGGAGGUUCAAUUUCAUGAAUAAAACAUAAGAAUUCAAUUUGUACACUAUGUAAUUAUGUAAAUGAUACUUUCCCAUUUUUACAUACAUAUGUAAUUAUGUAAAUGAUUAUCAAGUACCAAUU